AUGGACUCGAACACUUUUGUUAUCCACCCUCUAAUCAGUUUAUUUGAUCACCCCACCUGGGAGAUGGAUUCGGGGCUGCUCACGACACCACCCUACAACUACCCCUCCAUCGACUUGGUCGACACUCAAUCGCUCUGGCCUUCCCUGCAUUUAAGCAUUUACAGCCUCACGAUCACGAUCCCGUUCCCUCUACGUUCCCUUGCACCUCGACCCAACCCAUGGCUCACGACCUCCACAUCACACCUCGCAUUUGCUGCUAUCCUCCUCUUCUCUCUCCUCAUCAUUCUCUAUCGCCCAUUCCAAACCUCGACCUUGAAUCAACCCGAGCCCAAUUCCUCUCCCCGCCCAGUACUCCCGUUGCUAUCCCCACCCCUGACUCCCACCAUGGUCUUCACCACCCCCAAGGCGUCUCCUUCCCCCAUGUCUGACCGGUCGGUGUCUGGUGCGCCGGAGCUCGUCGGCUCGUUCGUCGAAAAGUACAAGGACAUCAAGUCGCGCUACGAAGAGGCUCAGGCCAAGGCCGACAAGUACGAGCGCCUCUACCUCGAGCUCAAGGUGCGUGCGGACGAGCUCGCCGAGCUCGAGGCGAGCCUGCCCACCGUGAAGCGUCUCGAAGCCGAGCUCGAGCACGAGGCUCGCCUCCGCCAGAAGGCGACCGACGAGCUGGAGCAACUCAAGCGCGAGCAGGAGGAGCUGCUUGCCAUGCAGUAG